UACACGCGAGCACACACAUACACAUACACACACAUACACACACACGAGCGCGCGCGCGUCCUCACUGCCACUACCCGCCCGGAGGCGCAGAGAUGGGAGCAGCCCACUCACUUCCAGUGCCCACACCUGUCUGAGCGCGCCCGGGCGCACGGAGCUGGGUCGGGGCUCAGGGAUGCGAGGCACGGGAGCUGUGCGCAGCAUGGCCAUCAUGCCAACACUCCUCCUCUGCCUCCUUUGUGCCAUCAAGGAGGUAAUCCCUUACAGUGCUCACUGGAAGCCUACUUGGCCCGCUUACCGAGUCCCCAUCAUCUUGCCCCAAUCCACCCACAAUUUAGACAAGCCAGAGUUUGUCGCUGAAGCCAAAUUGGAAGUAUCAUCUUCCUGUGGGCCCCAAUGCCACAAGGGUUCACCUCUGCCAACAUAUGAAGAAGUCAAGCAAUACUUGUCUUAUGAAACACUGUAUGCCAAUGGCAGCCGCACAGAGACGGAGGUUGGCAUUUAUGUCCAGCGAAGUGAGACAGAAUCCAGGGGUCGUUCUCGAAUGAAGCGGCAGAUUUAUGGUUAUGACAGCAGGUUCAGCAUCUUUGGCAAGGAUUUCUUGCUGAACUAUCCAUUCUCAACAUCUGUGAAGCUAUCAACUGGCUGCACUGGCACCCUGGUAGCUGAGAAACAUGUCCUCACUGCUGCCCACUGCGUUCAUGAUGGCAAAACCUAUGUGAAGGGGGCCCAGAAACUUCGAGUGGGCUUCCUGAAGCCCAAGGUGAAAGAUAGCAGCCGGGCCACUAAUGCCUCCAGCUCAGCCAUUCCUGACAAGAUGAAAUUUCAAUGGAUUCGAGUAAAACGCACCCAUGUCCCCAAGGGUUGGAUCAAAGGGAAUGCCAAUGACAUUGGGAUGGAUUAUGACUAUGCUCUUUUAGAGCUCAAAAAACCCCAUAAGAGAAAAUUCAUGAAGAUUGGGGUGAGCCCUCCUGCCAAGCACCUGCCUGGGGGCCGAAUCCAUUUCUCUGGCUAUGACAAUGACCGGCCAGGAAAUCUGGUGUACCGCUUCUGUGAUGUCAAAGAUGAGACAUAUGACCUCCUCUACCAGCAGUGCGAUGCCCAGCCUGGAGCUAGUGGGUCAGGAGUGUAUGUGAGGAUGUGGAAGAGACAGCAGCAAAAAUGGGAGCGCAAAAUUAUUGGGAUCUUUUCAGGACACCAGUGGGUGGACAUGAAUGGCUCGCCACAGGAUUUCAAUGUAGCCGUUCGCAUCACCCCUCUUAAAUACGCACAGAUUUGCUAUUGGAUUAAAGGAAACUAUGUGGAUUGUAGGGAGGGGUGAGAAGAAUGUUUCUCCCCAGCAGCACUUAAUGGUCUUCAUUGUACUUAUUUUUAGGAAAGGCUAAACUUUGUCAUUAGAAAGUGUGUGCGUGCGUGUAUGUGUGUGUGUGUGUGUGUUUGCGUGUGCAUGUGUGAGUAUGUGUGUGUGUAGGAAUGAGUGUAGCUGACUAUGUGGUGUCUGUGUGGAUAGCUAUGUAUAUGUCUGCGUGUGUAUGUAUGUCUGCCUAGAGUGCGUAUUGUAGUGUUUCUCCUAAAUCCCUAAAGUUAUAAGAUGGCCGGCUUUACUGUUUGAAAGCUAAUUUGUGUAUCACAUCAUGUGAACAAUUCAAAGACAUAUCUUUUGAUAGAAAUAAAGACAUAGGGUUUUGUUUUGGUUUUUUUCA